AUGUCAGAAUUAAGUUAUCUCUGUGUUCCACGGACUGUUCCAUAUCAAUACCAAACAAUAAUUCAAGUCUUCAACGAAAUUUCAACAUUGUGUCCAAACAAAGAAAUUCUCGUUUAUCGAGGUAUUGAUGGGACCCGGAAAAGUUUGACUUGUCAUCAACUUCAGACGCAGGCAACAAAGUUAGCAGGUUAUCUCAUCAAGAAAGGAAUCAAGAAGGGAGAUAAAAUUGCUCUCUCUGGACCCAACACUUUAGAAUGGGUAAUUGCAGAAUUAGCGAUAAUCAUGGCUGGAGGUGUUGCUGUUCAAGUGCCCUUCGACAUCACCGACGCCAGAGACGUUCAUGAAAUAGCUUCAAUUGCUGAGUGUAAGGCCUUUUUGCUAGAUCCAGUAAGAAAUAAUGAAUAUGUGGAUAUGAUUUUACAACUUAUUGCAUAUACCAAGGAUGACUCAAAUCUUUCAACAUUUGCGUUUCUUAGAAAGAGCAAACAUCUAACUUCAUAUGAUGACAUGCCCGGAAUAUUACAGCUAAACGAAACCGAUGUGGAAUUUCCCACACUUUACCCCGAGGAUGACAUUGUGGUUUUCACAACAUCUGGAAGUACUGGAAAGCCUAAAAUGAUCCCCAAGACACACUUCCAAGCAACCAACAAUGGCAUGAUAUUCUCUGAGAAAACGUACAAUGAUCGCCCAUUUACGUGGUUAGCCGGAUGCCCCAUUUUCACAGUUUACCAGGGAUACUCUCGAAUAUUCUGCGAUUCCUCAGUCGCCACCGAAGGACAUAGAACCAUGAGAAUAUGGGAAGUAAUCAAAGAAGAAGACUGCACAUCCGCGCUAUUAUCACCUAACUUUCUUUUAUACCUGGUCUCUCACGGAGAUAAUUACAAAAACUCGUUCAAACUUGACACGGUCAUCACGACUGGAGAAAUGGUUGACAAUGUCCACACGAAGGUCGUUGGCGUAUUUACCAAGAGUUUGACAGUCUUAUACGGAUCAACGGAGACAAGUAGGAUAUCUGUACUUCCGCCGAUUACCACUGCCGGUGAAAAGAGAGUUGGUGACGUUGGAAUACCUAUAUCAGGUAUAGAAGUGAAGGUCAUUGACGGAGGUGGAAAUAUUUUGAGAAAAGGGGAGAGCGGGGAACUUUGUAUUCGAAGUAUUUGUGGUUUUGAGAAAUAUUACAAAGACACAGAUUUAACUGACGAAGUCCUUUUGUCAGGAAAGUGGUUUCGUUCUGGCGACAUUGUGUGCCUUGAUAAAAACAAUCACAUUCUUAUAAAGGGGCGGGUCACGGAAUUCAUUUGCCGAGGUACAAAGAAAAUUAUGCCAGGUAGCAUUGAAGAAGUCAUUCAAAAAAAGAAUGGCAACGAUUUAGCUGGUGGAAGAGUCAUACCAGAUCCUAUACUUUGUGAGAAAAUUACUUCCACCGUCGCGCCCGAUGAAGAAGACAACGACCUAUAUCCAGCCUGUGCUGUCACUAGAUCGAUGACCAGAAGAAAAGAAGCCAAUGAUGAUCAUGUUCAGGCCCCCAACACGGCUGGUUCAUCUCAUGAAAUUGACCUCAGUGACACUUUCCUGUUUGACCUUGAUGACAUUUCACAUGAAAAUAGACAGUCAUUUAACAACAAGUCUCCACUGAAAACCAGUGACGAUGGUGGUCCCAAUACACAAGUAGACUAG